AUGUGAUGAGCUUCCCAACUCGCCCGGUCACUAAGCUAGUCGGUCACAAUGGACCGAUCCACAAUGUCACCUACAGCGCUGGUCUAGGACAAUAUAUCCUUACCGGUUCAUCGGACCGCCGAAUACACCUGUAUAAUGCCUCGAGCGGGUCCUUGGUGCAGAAAUACGAGGCGCACGGAUACGCCGUCCUCGAGGUCGCUGUGACGGAGGAUAACGCGCGAUUUGCUUCCGUAGGUGGCGAUCGCACAGUCUUCCUGUGGGAUGUUGCGACUGCACGAACGUUGCGUCGAUUUGGCGGCAAUCAUGGACAUACAAUGAGGGUAAAUGCCUGCGCCUUUGGUGGAGAAGGGGAUAAUGUGCUUGUGACUGGUAGUGUCGACAGUACCGUGCGCAUCUGGGAUAUGAAAUCCCAGUCAAUAAAGCCCAUUCAGAUCCUCUCUGAGGCACGCGACAGCGUGACCAGUAUCGUCGUCAGCGACUAUGAGAUUAUCACCGGAAGCGUGGACGGGCGUGUCCGCGUGUACGAUCUUCGAAUGGGCACGCUCAAUGCCGAUGUUAUUGGCGCACCCGUAACAUCAAUCACACCCACCACGGACGGAAGCGGUCUCCUCGUGUCGACUCUCGACAAUACCAUGCGGCUCAUGGACAAGGGCUCAGGCAACCUCCUGCAGAGCUACACGGGUCACAUCAACACCGAGUUCAGGAUCCGGUCAUGUCUGAGCCAAAUUGACAACGCGUGGGCUCUGAGCGGGACCGAGGACGGAUGGGUAUAUGCAUGGGAUGUCCUGGAAGGGAAAAUUGUCGAGAAGAUUCAAGUUCAAACCGAAGGCAAAGUCAAGGUCGUGGGCGCAACAGCAUGGUGCCCGAGCGGACGAAGAAAAGAGUGGGUUUGUGGUGGUGGUGAUGGCACGGCAACUGUAUAUGGACUUCCAUAAAUCCACCCAAGGCAAUACCUCAGUCUUUUUGUUCUACGUAUCAGGUUCAUCAGCAGACAGACUGCACAAGAGCAAGAACAAUUAAGACUACAUGUACGAGAUAGCGUUAUACCCGUAGCGAAAAUACAAAAGUCAC